AAAACGUGGAGGUCGCAACCCGCAACCUCUGAAUCUGUUGCCCCGCUUGCGGGCCAUGGCGGAAGCCCUCGAGCCACUGCUGCCGGAAGUCUGCAGCUUCGCCCAGCUGACUGAGGUUCUGUCAGCGGCUGCUGUAGCCAGACACUGGCGACAAGCAUCUCGCAGCGACCAGGUGUGGAUCCAGUGCUGUCGCCAGCGCUGGCACUUCGGUCGCCUCUUUGAGGUCGAGGAGUCGUUGGAUCCCGGGGCCCGGGACGAGGCGUCGCUGAGGCUCUGGCAGCGCUCGGUGGAGGAGUACAAAGCCGGCGUCAAGCACGAGCGCGCCUUUGGGUUCUUCCUGGGCCGCUGCAAGAAGGACGAGGAGGUGCGCCAACUCUUGCAGCAAGCUGUCCAAGAUGUCACCAAGAGAGAAGAGAUCCUGCAGCAGCUGCCCCAGAUGGGUGCCAACAUUCUAGACAUUCUCCUGAAGCUCGAAGCCGGGCAAGAUGCAAAGCUGCGGUCGGCGGCCCGCCUGGCCCGGAUUCACAUCACGGACGCCUGGGCGCAGCAGCGCUGGGCGCAUUUGAUCAAGGUGGAACCCGCGAAGGCUGCCGUCUUGGAAGAGGGGGCCUUCGUCCUCUCCCAGUGGGGCUAUCCAGCCGCGGACGUGCAUCGCAUGCGGCAGACCCUGGAGCAGUUGGCCGCGCGGGCCACGCAGCUCGGUGCCAGGCGCGAAGGCGAGGGAGUGCCAACACAGGCGGAGGUGCGGCGCAUGGUGGGUGCGCUGAACCAGGCGCUGUAUCAGGAGUUUGGCCUGGCAGGGAACCAAUCCGACUACUACAACCCUGAGAAUUCCAUGCUGCACGCGGUGCUGAUGAACAAGAAAGGGAUCCCAAUUUCCUUGUCCGUGGUGUGGGCCGCCGUGGCUGGAAGGUGCGGCCUCGUUUGCCACCCUCUGGCCAACGUCCCGCGCCAUGUGCUCAUCCGCAUCCCAGCACGGGCGGAGUCAGGCCCGGCAGAGACGCAGGACAUGUACCUGGACGCCUUCGACCAUGGCCAGCUCAUGGAUUGGCCGCAGCUCAGGGACUUCCUUUUGGACCUGCUGGGCCUGGGCAUGGUGGGGCACGAGGUGCAUUUGCCUCAGUUUGUGGCAAUCACGCCUCCAGCGCUUCUGUACUUGCGAAUGAUGCGAAACUUGGAGAAUAUCUACGGGCAGACGGGAGACACAGUCCGACUGCAAGGAAUACAGCUUCAAAUGCGCACGCUGAUUCGUCUUUGCGAAGAGGGAGGGGGAGGCUACUAGUUGCAGCCCGAGG